AUGAGUCUCGAUAUCAUUAGCCUACUUAAUUCUGCAGCAUGUGAUGAUCCGAAUGUAAUGGUACCUGCAAGUCAGCAUCUUACUUCGGUGACUCAAUCAGGAGAGAAUUGUGAUAAUAUAUGUUCGGCCAUAGCAUCGUGUGUUUUCUCUAACAAUGGUAGUUUAUCUGCUGAUGGACGUUUUUUGGGACUUAUCUACCUCAAGAAUUUGGUGUUUGACUGCAAAAAUAGGCAUAAUGUUGAUCUUAAUGUCAAAAGGAAAGUUGAGAUGUUAUUUUUUGAAUAUAUAUCACAGGGUACGGAAAAUAGCUUUACCAACCUAGUUGAGAAUAUUCCACGGAUCAGUGGACUUGUCGCUGAGUUUACUGCAAGGUACGUAAAAAACGAGUGGCUCAAGAAUGAUUGGUCCGACUCUCUGUGGGACAAUCUUUUGUGUUGGCACGCAUGGUCUUCCUUGCGGUCUGGACUGAAGGCAGCAGCUAGUUUCAGGUUGCCUACACGGCGCCGCGCUUUUAAUGCCACGGUCACGAAGUUAUUACCAAGUGUUAUAAAUUGCUUUAAAAGUGCGACUACAAAUCUAGAGGUGAAUAUUGAUCCGUGUAUAAGACUUUCGAAGUUACUUUAUUCGUGUUUUAACUUGGUUGGUAAAAAUGACGUAGCUCUGAUCAAUAAAACAGAGAUCUAUGAAGAUGCUUUUGCGGUUGCCCUUUUGGCUUUGGAAUUAGCAUUUCAAAGUAUGCUGGACGCUGAAAAGUUCCCCCUGAUGUUUGUGUUUCGCCGGCGUGUAUCAAAGUUAUUGUUUGCUUUGUUUUUAUCCUGUCCUUCGGAAACCAGAGAUUGCGUUAUUGAACAUAUAUUAGAUCGUAUUUUGAUCAUUGUUUCCUACUCUGGUGAUGUACAACCGAAUUACAAGGAUGCAUGUGCAAUGAAGUGGCUUUUGGGAAUUACUUACAGCGUACUUUGUUGCAAGUCGCCGAAAUAUGGAGGUCAGGUCGAUCUCACUGAACAUGGGAAGCGUAAGCUAGCACUGUGGAUGUCUCAGCCUUAUCAGUUACCCAGUGGACAAAUCAGCAACAAAUGGACGUACUUCAUGAUGUCACUUUUUGAACAUUGGUUUAUACUUACUCCAAACGAGUUACAGUUUUUCACAAGUGAUCCAGAGGGUUGUUUAUCGUCGGGUGGGAUUUCCAGUAUCAGUGUAGGACAUGACGCUAAAGCUAAUUCAGUCUAUGCUGAUUUAAAUUCUAUUUGGAAUGUAGAUAAUCAAGCAAGUGAAUUGUGUGUAUGUAACAUUGAAACAAUAAUGGGUAUCUCUGAUAGUUCCCAGCACAUGCUAACACCUCAGCCUUGUCGUCAGUUAACAGAACUCAUCUUUACAAUAUUCUGCCGAUUAUAUGAGGAGGCGGACCCAGUGUUAUAUGAGAUAGUUCAGUCAGUUAAUCCUGGAACAAAUAAACCAUAUAUCUUCGAAGCUAUUAUGAGAUUUGUACAACUGUGUUUACCAUAUUUUGGAACAAAAGCAAAUUGGAUUACUUUAGCGGAACAGCUUGUAGCUGAUGGCUUGGCAGUAGGAAAUUCCAUACAAGAUCGCAUAGGGUCACAACCUAUGGAAAAUGAAAUUACUUCUGUUACGAUUCUAACUCGAACUCUAUCUCUUUUAUCGCGUUACAGUGUACAGUGUAUCGCACCAGGAGAUGUGGAGUUUUCAUCACUGAAACCUAACUGUAAUGAUGCUCUUUCACACAUCAAUCGAUUUUUGAAUCGUCCAUCUAAUUGGGAUCAGAAUGUUAUCCAAAAACAAUUAAUAAUGUGCAUCAGACUAGCAGCUGCAUACAGUCUUACAUGGCUUCUGGAAGUAUCAGUAUUUCCUGAGGAUGUUUUGGUGUUACAUGCCGAAAAUGUACUAAAUGGUACUCUUUUUCUAAUCCAGGAUGUUAAAGAAUGUGAAACACAAAUCUAUGUGCUAACUUUAUUAGGAAAAUUAAUUCAUAAAAUUGAUUUAAUUGCUUAUCCUCAAUUCAUUACUCCAAUUCUAAACACUUUGAAUCAUUUAUGGAGUUUUGGUGGUCUAAGUGCUGCACUACGAGCUAGUAUUCUAAACACUGUCUGUCUUCUAAUUACUGAAUUUAAUGGAUUCAAUGAAUGUUCUUCACUUCUUCCUGAGUUCAAUACAUUAAUACACAGUUCUGUAAUUAAUUUAAUUCAAAUAUCAUUAUAUCAAGCAGAAGAAAAUCAAAUAAAUGGUUCAGAAGCUUUAUUUGAACCAGCUGUUCGUUUAUGGGCAAGUUUAGUUGAAGGUCUUAAUUCAGCAUGGUCACCAGAUUAA